GGCGGGCAGCAGGCGGGCCUGCGCCGGCUCUAGGCGGCCGACCUGUGGACUUGGUCCCUGCUCCCUGCGGCCCGCCUCCCUCCGAGGUGCAAAAUAAUUGUACACUAAGAAGCCAUGGAGAAGAGAAGUGUGGAUGAAACAGAAAAUGGAGAUGCUUUCCUUGACCUGAAGAAACUGCCCACCUCCAAAUCCCCCCAUCGCUAUACGAAAGAGGAGCUCUUGGAUAUAAAAGAACGUCCAUACUCCAAGCAGAGGCCAUCAUGCCUCUCUGAAAAAUAUGACAGUGAUGGUGUCUGGGACCCUGAGAAGUGGCAUGCCUCUCUCUACCCAGCCUCAGGGCGGAGCUCCCCAGUGGAAAGUCUGAAGAAAGAGCCAGAAUCAGAUCGACCUUCUCUGGUGCGCAGAAUAGCAGAUCCACGAGAGCGAGUGAAAGAGGAUGACUUAGAUGUUGUUCUCAGCCCACAGAGACGAAGCUUUGGAGGUGGCUGCCAUGUGACAGCUGCUGUUAGCUCCAGACGCUCUGGCAGUCCAUUGGAGAAAGACAGUGAUGGGCUUCGCCUGCUUGGUGGACGAAGGAUUGGUAGUGGAAGGAUAAUUUCUGCCCGAGCCUUUGAGAAGGAUCAUCGUCUUAGUGAUAAGGACCUGCGCGACUUGAGAGACCGAGACAGAGAGAGAGACUACAAGGACAAGCGGUUCAGGAGGGAGUUUGGAGAUAGUAAACGUGUCUUUGGUGAGCGUAGACGAAAUGAUUCAUAUACUGAGGAAGAACCAGAAUGGUUUUCAGCUGGACCCACCAGUCAGUCUGAAACCAUAGAGCUGACUGGCUUUGAUGAUAAGAUUCUAGAGGAGGAUCACAAAGGUAGAAAAAGAACAAGGCGACGGACUGCCUCUGUGAAGGAAGGCAUAGUGGAGUGCAAUGGAGGGGUGGCUGAAGAGGACGAGGUGGAAGUCAUUCUGGCCCAGGAGCCCUCUGCUGAUCAGGAAGUUCCAAGGGAUGUCGUCCUACCUGAACAGUCCCCAGGAGAAUUUGACUUUAAUGAAUUCUUUAACCUUGAUAAGGUGCCGUGCUUGGCUUCAAUGAUAGAAGAUGUUCUGGGGGAAGGGUCAGUCUCCGCCAGCCGCUUCAGUAGGUGGUUCUCUAACCCAAGCCGGUCAGGGAGCAGAUCCAGCAGCCUUGGAUCCACACCCCAUGAAGAACUUGAGAGACUGGCAGGUUUGGAGCAAGCCGUCCACUCUCCUGGACAGAACUCGGGGAAUUAUUUUGCUCCUAUACCAUCGGAAGACCAUGCUGAAAAUAAAGUGGACAUUUUAGAAAUGCUACAGAAAGCCAAAGUGGAUUUAAAACCUCUUCUUUCUAGCCUUUCUGCAAAUAAAGAAAAACUUAAGGAGAGCUCACAUUCAGGGGUUGUACUUUCAGUGGAAGAGGUAGAAGCAGGGCUGAAGGGCUUGAAGGUGGACCACCCUGCUGAGAUUCCAGGCCAGCCUGUUCCUAAAAACAUCCUACAGGAACUUCUGGGUCAACCAGUUCAGAGACCUGCUUCUUCCAAUCUUCUCAGUGGCCUUAUGGGGAGCUUGGAACCUACUGCAUCUUUAUUGAGCCAAAGAGCACCCUCUCCUCCAAUGUCACAGGUGUUUCGAACUCAAGCAGCCUCAGCAGACUACCUUCAUCCAAGGAUACCAUCACCAAUUGGUUUCCCAUCAGGACCCCAGCAACUACUUGGAGAUCCAUUCCAAGGCAUGCGCAAGCCCAUGAGUCCUGUCACAGCCCAGAUGAGCCAGCUAGAAUUGCAGCAAGCUGCUUUGGAGGGGCUGGCCCUACCACAUGACCUUGCAAUACAGACAGCACCCUUCUACCAGCCUGGUUUUGGCAAACCACAAGUGGACAGAACCAGAGAUGGGCUCAGAAACAGGCAACAGCGAAUGUCAAAGUCACCAGCACCCAUGCACCGAGGAAAUUCCUCUUCCCCAGCUCCUGCUGCCUCCAUCACAAGCAUGCUGUCUCCUUCCUUCACCCCUACCUCAGUGAUCCGGAAGAUGUAUGAAAGCAGAGAGAAAAGCAAGGAGGAAAUAGCACCUGGAACGGUGGUUCCUGGUGAUGGUAAAGAGGAUACUCAGAAGACCAGCGAAGAGAACCUGCUGUCAUCCAAUCCCAUACCCAAUACUGAUCAAGACUCUUCUCCUACGACAAAUCCUAAGCUUUCGACAUUACAGCGGUCUUCAUGCUCCACCCCACUGUCCCAGACCAACCGUUAUACCAAAGAACAAGAUUAUCGACCUAAAGCAGCUGGGAGGAAAACACCUACCUUGGCAUCCCCAGUCCCAGGAACACCUUUUCUCCGCCCUGCCCACCAAGUUCCCCUCGUCCCUCAUGUUCCUAUUGUUCGACCUGCGCACCAACUUCACCCAGGAUUAGUCCAAAGGUUGAUAGCCCAAGGGGUACAUCCACAGCAUCUUCCAAGUUUGCUCCAAGCUGGUGUGCUUCCUCCUGGGAUAGACAUGGCUCCUUUACAGGGACUAUCUGGCCCACUCCUGGGUCAACCCUUGUACCCUUUGGUCUCUGCUGCUAGUCACCCUCUCCUAAACCCUCGUCCUGGGACCCCUCUGCAUCUGGCAGUGAUGCAGCAGCAGCUACAGCGCUCAGUUCUGCAUCCUCCAGGCUCUAGUUCCCAGGCAGCAGCUAUCAACGUUCAAUCUCCUCAGAAUGUACCCAGCCGGUCCGGCCUGCCCCACAUGCACUCCCAGAUGGAGCAUCGCACCAACCAAAGGAGCAGCUCCCCUGUGGGCCUUGCCAAGUGGUUUGGCUCAGAUGUGCUACAGCAGCCUCUGCCCUCCAUGCCCACCAAAGUCAUCAGUGUAGAUGAACUGGAAUAUAGACAGUGAAGAGGGCAGGCUGGCUCACCCAUUCCUGGACCUGUGGUGGCACUCUGGUCAUGACUCAUUCCCCAUCUUUGUAAUGGGCUUUUACAUUGGAGCACGCUGUGUGAAGAUGUUUAGGGGAUCCACAUACCUACCAUGGUCUACAUUAUGACAGAAGGCUGUUAAAUAAUUGAAUGGAGCCUACAUGGUUCAAAUAUAAGGGACACAAGAUUGUCAGUCCUGGAAGUCUUUCUUUUAUAAAAUAUGUGAAUGAAGUGUUGGUGUCUUCUAGAGGUGACACCUAAGGGUUCUGAGAAAUAAAAUGUAUAGACCCUUAUGUACAGACCUGUGUAUAAACUUUUGUACAUACAAAUAGGAUAGCUUUUUUUGAACUUAUACAUACAGCUGUACAUAAAGUAACUAUCAGUUAGGCCUGUGUCAACUGUUUGGAUUUUUUCACUUGUAUAUUUGGGACUUUUUCUUUUGGUUUAUUAAAAGUUGCAUAUGCCACGUGUGUGAACGAUA